AUGGACGUGGAGACGCUCACGUCGCUGCUGAUCCUCGUGUUCGUCGUCUGCGGCGCGCUCUACGACGUGGAGCUCAGUCCCGAGGGACGCGCUCUACACUCGCGCGGCUAUCGAUGGCGACGACUGCAGAACUGGUUCCCUAUGGGCGUGGCCUAUGCCGCGUUCUACAUGGCCAGGUACAACGUGGCGGCCGGCAACGUCUCAGCUGUGCGUGACAAGCUCGGCUUCUCCUCCGCGUACAUGGGCUGGGUCCUCUCGGCUGGAUCGUGGGCCUAUGCCGUCUCUGGGCCCUUUACGGGUCAGAUGACGGACCGCAUUGGGGGCAAGAACGGCAUCAUCGUCGCCUGUCUCGGGGCGGCUCUGUGCAACCUCUCGCUGGGGGUCCUUUUCCUCUGCAAGGUGCCGUUUGUCGUGGAGCAAGUGCUGUUCGUCGUGCUGUACGCCGCCAAUGUGCUGGUGCAAGGCUUCGGCACGAGUGCUGUGGUCAAGAUCAACGCGGCGUGGUAUUCCACCAGUGAGCGAGGAAUCUUCGCUGGAGUCUUCAAUAUCAUGCUCACAUGUGGCUACUACUUGUCACUGGGGACUGGCAGCAGUAUCAUCGGGACCUUCGGCUGGGCUUACGUGUUCGCAAUCCCUGGUGCCGCGUUGUUUGUAAUGGCUCUCGUCAUUUCGUGCUACGUGAAGAGCUCCCCAGCCGAUACGCACAACUUUUCUGAGGAGAUACUACCCACUACGAUGAACUCCCAGCGGAUAUCCUCCUCGGAUGGCGAAGAUAAUGAGUUUUAUCUUACUCCGAAGCAGCAGAUGCAGCAACUCAUGCGGAAUUACACUUUCCUCGGGUAUCUCGGUGCUGUAUUUUUCCUCUGCUGGGCACGCGACGGAUUCCUCAACUGGUUCUUCUCCUUCUUCGACGCGGUGCGUGAGGCUCCACUCACGUCGAGCGAUACGGCAAUUAUCGGCGGCGCGUGGACUAUGGGGGGAUUCGUUGGCGGCAUUUUGUGUGGCUGGCUGAGCGACGUCAUCUUCCACUCGGACCGCAUCAUGCCGAUCUUCAUCUUCUCGCUGCUUCAAGCCGUUGUGCUUGGCCUGAUUUACCUCAUGAGCGCAACGUGCAGCGUGAUGAUGCUAGGAGGUUUGGUAUUCUUCUCGAGCGUCUUCUUACUGGGCAACUACACGCUGCUGAGCUACACGGUACCGUCGGAUUUAUCGCAAGAUAUUGCUGCCGGUGCCGCUGGUGUAAUGACGGCUGUGGGUUAUUUCUCCACGGGGCUGUCGGGUGCCUUCAUGGGCAAUGUUGUUGGACGUGGAGGCUACGGAGUGUGGGCGUUCUCCCUGAUGGUGGCGUCGGUCUUCGCUGGGGUUUUCACGUUGUUAGGCUCGUACUUCUCUGAAGAGGGCAUGAUGAUGACAAAGGAGCAGGCAGCGGGGACGCCACAUCCAGGGGACUUUGAAGAGAUGACGCCGCUGUCCCUUGGCAGUGUUAGCAGUCGCCGCGCCUCCAUCGUCCGACUUAACAGUGACUUUGUCGUCUCGCCGAUGCCGCUACCACGCAAAUCUCCGCUACUUGAGCAAGAUGAAGCGGCAUCGUUUUGA